GCUCGCCGCCCCGCCCCGCCCGGCGCUGCCGCGGGACGGGUAACGGUUACGAAGCACUUUCUCCGCCGCGAUUUCUGCUUAGUCAUUGUCUUCCAGGAAACGGCUCCUCAGUUGGGAGUCCACUCUCCCGCGGCGGCCGCUGUAGCAGAGAGCCGCAGACAUCAGCGCGUCUUUCCUGGCCGCAGCUCCGCCGCCACCCGGUCGUCCUUGGGCCCGAGCGCAGGCCGGGGUCUCGCCGCGCGGGGCGAGUAGCCUCGCGCUUUGCUCUCCGGCCUCGGGCACCGCGUCCUACGGGCGGCCUCCUUCCCCGCCUGCGGCCCCGUCGCCGCCGGGCCCGCUCCGUCUGCUGCUGUCAUGGGCACCGACAGCCGCGCGGCCGGAGCGCUCCUGGCGCGGGCCAGCACCCUGCACCUGCAGACGGGGAACCUGCUGAACUGGGGCCGCCUGCGGAAGAAGUGCCCGUCCACGCACAGCGAGGAGCUUCGAGAUUGUAUUCAAAAGACCUUAAAUGAAUGGAGUUCCCAAAUCAGCCCAGAUUUGGUCAGGGAGUUUCCAGAUGUCUUGGAAUGUACUGUAUCUCAUGCGGUAGAAAAGAUAAAUCCUGAUGAAAGAGAAGAAAUGAAAGUUUCUGCAAAACUGUUCAUUGUAGGAUCAAACUCUUCAUCAUCAACUAGAAAUGCAGUUGACAUGGCCUGUUCAGUCCUUGGCGUUGCACAGCUGGAUUCUGUGAUCAUCGCUUCACCUCCUAUUGAGGAUGGAGUUAAUCUUUCCUUGGAGCAUUUGCAGCCUUACUGGGAAGAAUUACAAAACUUAGUUCAGAGCAAAAAGAUUGUUGCUAUUGGUACCUCUGAUCUGGACAAAAACCAGUUGGAGCAGCUGUAUCAGUGGGCACAGGUAAAACCAAAUAGUAACCAAGUUAAUCUUGCCUCCUGCUGUGUGAUGCCACCUGAUUUGACUGCAUUUGCUAAACAGUUUGACAUACAGCUAUUGACUCAUAAUGAUCCAAAAGAACUGCUUUCUGAAGCAAGUUUCCAAGAAGCACUUCAGGAGAGCAUCCCUGACAUUCGAGCACAUGAGUGGGUGCCUCUGUGGCUACUGCGGUACUCGGUCAUUGUUAAAAGUAGAGGAAUUAUCAAAUCAAAAGGCUACAUCUUACAAGCUAAAAGAAAGGGUUCCUAACUGCAGCUUAGGGUCAUAACCUACUGACCUGUAUUUUCCUUGAAUAUAAGAUAAAAUUGAGAUGUGUAAAAAUCUAAUUACUGCCUGUAAGUGUGUCAUGGAGGCAGAUAUUCUUUAGUUAUAUUUGACAAUAUAUUAUCUGUCAAGUUUGAAUACUUCUCUUGCUUCCAUAUCAGUUCACUCACAUGAACCACUGUAUUGUUUUCAUUAAACUAUUGUUUUCUAAUUGAAAUCGUCUAUAAAGAAUAUACUUGCAAUAUAUUUUUCCUUUAUUUUUAUGACAAUAGCAAUCAAGAAAAUUUGUCAUUAGAUAUAUUUUGGCCUAGGCAUCAGGGUAAUGUAUAUACAUAUUUUUUACUUCUAAAAAAUUCAUUAAUUGCUUCUUACUCUAUAGUAUAACUAAGCAAUUUAAUUACAAUUGUUACAACUGAAAUACUGGAAGAUAUUUUUCCUGUCACUGAUAAGAUGAUUGUAUCUCAGACUAACUGGAGUAGCUGGGAUCUACUAAUAGUGUAAAUAAAAGUCCUUUCUUCACUACA